UUUUAAAUGUGAAGAAAUAAUAAGCGUCGCUUAGACGUUGAUUGAAUAUUUGACAGCAGGCCAAAGUCUACUUUCACUUUCAGAAAACGUAUUUUCUCAUAAAAUAUGGCUUCAGGUAGAGUCGAGCCGGCAUAUUGCAGAGGCAGCCAUACAUUGGUUGUUUCCAUGGCAAUGUUUAAACAGAACAGACAGAGACUGUGUGAAAGACUCCACAAAAAUAAUAAAGUUCCAAAAGGAGCCGUCAUUUUGUUACAAGGAGGAGAAGCGGACACUAGAUAUUGUUCUGAUCAUGAACCAUUAUUCAGACAGGAAUCUUUCUUCCACUGGAUGUUUGGUGUAGAGGAACCUGACUUUUAUGGGGCUGUGGAGGUGGAUACUGGAAAAACCAUGCUGUUUGCUCCAAAACUUCCCGCUGAAUAUGCUGUCUGGAUGGGCAAACUGCUAACUGAAGAUGAUUUUAAGGUUCGCUAUGAAGUUGAUGAGGUCUAUUUCAUUCCAGAGAUAGCAAAAGUACUGAAAGAAAAAUCCCCAUCUGUGCUGUUAACACUGAGAGGUUUGAAUACAGACAGUGGAAAGUACAGUCGAGAGGCGGCCUUUGAUGGAAUCAGUGAAUUCAAAGUAAAUAAUGAAGUACUUCAUCCAGAAAUAUCUGAAUGUCGAGUAUUCAAGUCAGAUAUGGAGCUUGAAGUAUUGAGGUACGCAAAUCGAGUCAGCAGUGAGGCCCAUAAGGAGGUAAUGAGAAAUGUGAAACCAGGAAUGUACGAAUACCAGAUGGAGAGUAUGUUCCAUCACUAUUGCUAUUUCCAAGGGGGACUUAGACAUCUCUCAUAUACAUGUAUAUGUGGAAGUGGUGACAAUGCUUCAGUGCUACACUAUGGUCAUGCAGGAGCUCCAAACAGUAAACAGUUACAUGAUGGUGAUAUGUGUUUGUUAGAUAUGGGAGGAGAGUACUACUGUUAUGCCUCGGACAUCACAUGUUCCUACCCGUGUAAUGGCAAGUUUACCGAGAAACAGAAAGGUAUCUACAAUGCCGUGUUCAAGGCAAGCAGGGCUGUCAUGGCUGCUGUGAAGCCAGGUGUUUCAUGGGUGGACAUGCAUCUGCUGGCAGAACGUGUUCAGCUGGAGGAGCUUGCAAAACUUGGUUUGAUACAGGGUGACAUUGAGGAGAUGAUGAAGGUGCGACUUGGUGCUGUGUUCAUGCCACAUGGUCUUGGACACUUCAUGGGAAUAGAUACUCAUGAUGUUGGUGGUUACCCAGAGGGAACAGAGAGAAUAAAUGAGGCCGGACUGAGGUCACUGAGAACAUCGAGGACCCUGGAACACAGGAUGGUCCUCACUAUUGAACCUGGCCUAUACUUCAUCAAUGUGCUGCUUGAUCAAGCCUUAGCCAAUCCAGAACAAGCCAGAUUUAUGUGUCAGGAGGUGAUUGAACAGUACAGAGGCUUUGGUGGGGUACGUAUUGAAGAUGAUAUAGCAGUGACAGAGGAUGGAAUGGAAUGUCUUACUGUAGUACCCCGAACAGUAGAGGAGAUAGAACAACUGAUGGCUGAAGGUGAAGGUCACAAGGUGACCUUGCCACAAGAAGCUGGGAAACCUUCUGUCUAGUCAGUGAUAGUGUAAUAACACUUACACGACAGGAAUAAAGUCUGAAAAUACAUUAUGGAACAAUUUUAUUCCGCUAUAUGAGGAAUGAGCACUGUGAUAAAUUACUAUCAUAAAGAUCAGAUGACACAUAAAUAUUUUCCUUUAUAGAUUAAUUUAUUCUCAUUCUACACUUAAGUCAUUAUAUAUGUUGCAAGCCAAAAUUAAAACCAUUAAUAAUUAUUUUAUACUAUGUCAUGUUCAUUACAGUGUGCCCUAUCUUCAGAGAACUGCUGUCAGAUCAUUGAUAUGCAUGGAGAACAAUUUUUGUGGAUUUCAUGGUUACACCAAUCCACAAAAUUUAAUCCUAACAAACACAUAAAAUUCCAAUUUUUUUAUGCAUUCAAAUGCUGAAAUCCACAAAUUUAUGUACUUAUGAAAUGACUGUUUUGGCAAAAACAGAAAUUUGAUACCCAAGAAAUAAAAAAGAUUUUACAGUUUUAUUUGAUUUACUCAUGCAGUCACGAACUGACUUGAAAAUUCCAAGAAAUGUCAUAUUUGCUGGGGAAAUUUGAAAACUGGUCAGCAAAAACUUGACAUUAAAAAAGUCAGAAAAGUCAUUCUCAUAGACCAAAUUUAGACUUUCAGUUUAGGGCAUCCAGUCAUUUCAUUUCUUUGCUCAGUUUGCUCUCAACAGUAAUAUAAGGAAUAUUCUUUGUGAAGCUUCUGUACCUCUUCCUUACAUCAUUUAAACUAAAAAAAUUGUUAUUUUAAAAUGUUUGACUUAUACUGUCUUGUAUUUUAUUUAUGAUCUUUUAGACUGUUGACCUUCAAAUAUUUUCGAGAGUAUUAAAUUGUAUGAGCCAUUAACAGUAUGGUAUUUCAUGUCUCUCUAUAUCACAGUGGUUGUAAAUGGACUCCAUUAAUGCACUUUGAAACACUUGCAAAAGAUUGAAUAACCAAUUUUUACACAUUAUUUGAUGUAGGAUGUAAUAGAUAGAAUUAUAAUGUACACAUAUUAUUGUUGCAAAACAUUGUUUUUUCUGUGGUGGUUUUUGAAAGCAGAUAUCAAUGUAACUAUGUGUGUUAUUUUUCUAUUCAAUAAGUGUCAUUUGCUAUUUUUGAAGAAAAUACAUCAAUAUUAGUCA